AUGUUGUUUGAUAAGUUUGAUUUUUCUAAUUCUUCAUCACAGGUGAAUAUCUUGGUUCUCAGUGAGGUUACUACCAAAUCUGUCUCUAUGAAACUGCGGCGCAACACAGUCCUGAGAAGCCGAAGGCGUCAACAGCGAGAACAUGUGAAGGACUCUGAGAGCAUCUGUGUGGUGUUGAGUGACACUGACUCUAGCCAGUCAGAGAGUGUGGAGGAAAUAAAAGACCAUGUGUCUGUUAUUCAUGAUAUGAAGCGGCCAGUAAGGAAGAGUAGAGCUGGUGCAUCAUGUCGAGCGAGAAAAGAAGACGAGAGACCGCUUUCUCCUGUGGAACCACAACAUGGAGCGGUUCAGAAGAUAUCCCUGGCUCCAGAUGCAAUGGCUGAGGACACUCUAGAGAAACUCAGGUUGAGGGCUAAUACUUCUGAGACUGAGGUUGAGUCUCGGGUAGAGCUUGAGUCUGUUUUGGACGAAUCCAGUACCAAUCUCACAGUGGAAUCGGGUCCCAGCUCGCCCUCUUGUCCUGUUGAUACUGUAAGAUGCAGAGAAUGCCAGAGACUUUUCGCCAAGAUGAGAAAACAGCCGACCCCAAAACAGAAAAGCAGAGAUACAAAUCCAGCAUCUUUAUCUUGUGAUGUGUGGGUUCUGCUUAAGAAGUGGCACCCUCAAAGACUCCGCCAUCGGGAGAAGGG